AUGAUUGGAUGUCGACCCGCACUGAACACUCAUAGCUGGAAGGGGAAGAUCUUCGGGCAAAACAAACACUCCAGACCAUGGGAGGUUGAUGAUGGUGAAGAUCAUGGCUAUGAUUAUGUGUCGUGUUCUGAAUCUGAAUCUUCUUCAAGUGAGGAGGAAUAUUCACUCCGAACAUCACAGUCCCACGUUUUUCUCGAAGAUGAGCAGGACACCGACUGCAUCACUAAUGAUGAUUCUUUCCAAUACUCUGAGGAGGAUGCGGCUGAGUGUUCGCGAAUACCGUGGAUUGAUCUACCUUCUACAGAAAUACCUCCGCUUGUACUUCCUGAAAGCAGUAAAGACAUUCCUGUGCCCAGCGAAUAUUUACUGGAUGUCGUAGAGCUUUAUGAACUUUUGCGUAGUUACUGGCGUACGUUACGACUCUCGCCAUUUCUGUUUGAAGAUUUCUGUGCAGCUUUGUCUUCCGCUGAUAAUUCACGCUUGCUCUCAGAAAUCCACCUUGUCCUCCUUAGGAUGUGUUUUAAAAAUGAUGAUGAAGAGCAGGUUCACUUUUCUGGAAAUGAAACAAAUAACGCGUAUAAUAUUAUUACAGCCUGUUUAGAGCCAAUGACCUACGCUGAGGUGCUCCGGCAGUACCUCUCCAGCGAUGUAAAUGUACCAGUUGAAGUCAUGGAAGCCGUUAAUGCUCCCAAUUAUCCUUUCGUAGAUUUCUCUACGCGAUUAGUUCUUAUCACAUUUCUUAGUUAUCGGUUUCUUUACUCUAAUGAGUAUAAAAAAACUGUCGUGGCUACUGGCGGACGCCUUGAACACGAGGAGACGUGCCGUUCGUGCUGUAAAGGUGGCGAUGUGUUGCAGUGCGAUACUUGUGAGGCCGUUUUUCAUAUUGCCUGUGUCAACCUUGAGGCUAAACCUGACGAAUGGAUUUGUGAGCUUUGUGAGAAAAACAAGGUGCGAGGGGUGCAAGAUUGUCUGCCACUGGAUGAGUAUCCAUCCAAGCAACCGCUGCGCAUGGAACCAAUCGGUCGGGAUCGUCAUGGGAGAUUUUAUUGGUUUGUGGCAAGAAGAAUAUUUGUUCCUGAUUUACGUAUUAAUCCGGCACGCAAACCAACAUUCUAUCAACUAUUGAAACUGAUGGAUCCAUCCUUUUACGAGUUUCACUUGUGCAAGGUAUUUUUCGAAAGGCUAAGCGAUAUUCUGGAGCAGAUGUCAGUAACUCUGGAACUGUCGUCUGAUCGAAGGGAUACAUUGUACAGGGACAACUAUAACGCAAACAAAGCACUGCCAGCAGAAGUGUACUUGCAGCAGGACAACAUGUAUCUCAUGGCUGAAAUUUUGUCGGCUGAGUUUAACGCUGACAUAAAACCAGAGGAGUCGGACGAGGAGCCGAAACUUGAGGAUGAAAAGCCAUUUGCUACUUUGAUUGAUUAUUUCAAAACGAUGCUAGGAUUAUCUAAUGGACGUCUCGUGAAUAAUUUUUGGAGCGGCAAUUGGUCCAUUGCGAAGGGACAUACUCUUUACGGGAGUGAAAAACUACAGACCCUGUAUGUGGCUUGGACAAUUGGAAAGGUGUUACGAAAAAUUCCUAUUGAGUUGAUGCAGCGGAAGUGGCGGGAUGCAUUACCAUCCUUCAAAAAGGAAUUGGACUCUCCAACGACGUCAUGGCAGAAACUUCGAGAUCUUCUACUUCGAUUAGAGUGCGGCAUGCGGCGAACCUUAUUCUUACCACAGUGGUGGAAUAAUCUUGGUCAUACGCGUCUCACACGCACGACUGUUGAGGAUCGUGAACGUAUGAUGAAAGAAGCUCAACGAAGGAAAAAGGAAGAAAGGGAGGCAGUCGAUGCCAUUGAUGAGGACGUAAUUGUGGUCAAACACACUAGAAUGCCUCAUGGAAUCAGUCGAGAACUAACUAGGAUGAGGGAUCCUGAUAGGCGGGUCGUAAAUCAUUUUCCGGAUCGCGAUGAACGCCGAUGGAUUUCUCUUCAUAAGGAAUAUGCUCCACCAUAUAUCGACUCUCGAUUGAAGUUUUGCCUCUGGACGACGACAAUGGGGUUGAUGAGGAAGGAUGAUUUAUCAUGGACGAGCAGCGAGCGGGAACGACGAAAAAGCGUAAGGCGGAGGAAACCUCAGUCACAGUCAUCACGCGUUAGACGAGUGUCUCAGAUCAAAGAAGAAUGGGUCGAUGGAGUGGACUUGAAGCUCUACGAAAUUUAUGAUUACUGGAGGGGCUUCAGUGAACGAUUCACGAAUCGAAUCAAACCUGCUCAAUCCAAUACACCGAGAGUCCAGCCAGCUCGGUCAGCUGCAAAGCAACCUCAACCGGUCAAAGAACGUACUGCAAGCCCAGCUCCCAAUGCUGUUGCCGUUCGAAAAGCGAUUUCUGUCCAGGAUCGCGUUCGCCCUCCUCCUACUCGAACUUCGUCAACACCAACUCCACAACAGCUACGCCGUGCUCCAGUCAUAACUACUGAUCGGUCGCGAAAGGUGCAGCGAAUAAGUGACUACCAGUAUUUUCCUCCUGCCGAUGAAGGGAAUGAUGACGAAAGCUGUGAUAGUACGUACACCGAGGGGUCUGAACUGACAGGAUGGGAACCUCGAGCUGCGAAACGACCACGGCUUUCUACCCCACGAAUGGACUCUUCGCGUCUUCUCCAAACGCUUACUCCGCCAACAUCACGUGCUGUGUCUGGUCGGCCGUAUCAGGUCGGAUACAUCCGUGGAGGUGGCAGAGGCGCUAUGCCGGUUGGGGACGGCAUGCAGCCUGCGGGCUUGCUUGAAGAAAGCGUUGUACCACUCGGCGCUGAAGAAACGAUCGUCACUAGUGAUGUGAGCGGAGAAGAAUCGGCACCAGCUCGGCAUCCAGUUUCAUCCAGGCAGAUGGCCGGCAAUGGAAUGUCCAAUGAUGGUCCUCCCGUUAUCCCUAGAUACGAUAAUAUUGGUGGUUCCUAUAGCGGACGCGUAGCCUCAGCUCGUGUAUUGUCACCUAUGACUACGUCGCGUCGUUCACCCGUAGUUGUUCCAACUGGUGCCGGAAAAUUGCUGAUGGUUCGCCGUUCCGACGGCACAACUCAGUUCUUACGACAGAUACCUCAACCGUCGGAUGAGGCUGUCUCCAUACCUACUUCUUCUGUGAGGAGUCGAAUUCCUCCAAACAUACGCACAGCACCAGGUUCGAGAAUAUUGCACCUACCAGGCGGAGAUCAGGAACAGUCGGUGCAUUCGCGGAUGGUCGUUUCGACUGAGCCGCCGGUUGUGAGGACGAGUUACGAGCAACCGGUGGACCCUUUCAUGAAAAGAAUGGCGGUGGUGGAGAAAGCUCCGUCAGCUCCAACACCAUCAUCACAGAGAAUGAUUCGUCAUGUGCCCAUGCCUAUGGAGUUGCAUGGUGGUGAAAUGUAUUCUGAUUCUGUCUUGAAGGAUGAUGAACAAGUGGUGUACAACGAUCAGCGGUUUGGAACUCAUUCUAUACGCCCAAAAUUCGUCAUCCAUCGAGCAGUUCCGACCGUGAUGCCACGCCCAUAUGAUGGGUGGUCUAGAGUGCAGUCAAAUUCCUUUGGAUCAUCAUUGCCAAUGCGUCGAAUAACAAGCUACAAGGAGUUCUGCAGAAGAAGAGGAGUCAGCAUGAGGGCGCCCACACGACCUUAUCGUUUCGAUUUUGAAAACAACGAGGAUGAAGAGAGAGCGAUUGCUGAAGCAAUUGCGAGAGAAGAAGAACUUAUGCGACAGGAAGAGGCUGACAAAGGAGGACGGCCAGAGCCGGGAGCCAGAGAUCCAGCAGGUCGGCCUUAUGACGAAGAUCCUGAAGAACAUGCACGAAUGGUGCCGUCUCAUUUCGGAAUGGGCUUUUAUCCUCAGCCUGCUAUUCCCCGAUACACAUCCAACUUGGCUGUUCACAGGGAUGACAGCCCUGACACCCGAGCUGUGAAGCAGGUGCUGGAGACGAUGGUAAUGCAAGCUUGCCGUUGGGAUAAGCAGUUUGGUUGGUACAAAAACCUACUGAUGAAACCAUCCAGGCCACAUUUCGAUAGAUUCAAGCGUCGCAUGUUCACAAAUCAAAGAGAGACAGUCCUCGCUGAGCAUAUUGACAGGUUACGCAAGGAAAUUAAUAAAAGGAGAACACGAUUGGAAAACAAAGCUGAGGAGAUGUGUGGAUUACCGACUCCGUGGAGGAAAUCGCGUAUGAAAUCUCACAUGAGAGGUGAAUGUUUGAGCAACAGCAAAGAAUGUUUUUUGGAGCGUCGCAUGUUCACAAAUCAAAGAGAGACAGUCCUCGCUGAGCAUAUUGACAGGUUACGCAAGGAAAUUAAUAAAAGGAGAACACGAUUGGAAAACAAAGCUGAGGAGAUGUGUGGAUUACCGACUCCGUGGAGGAAAUCGCGUAUGAAAUCUCACAUGAGAGCCUCACGUGGAUCGAGUAAUGUGAAAAAUGCCGAUGCAAGCCGACCUGUACCGGUGGUGAUCAAUCCAGCUGAGAUCAGUUUGGGAGGAGAUUCUGUAGACUGGACAAAAGACUCAGAGAGCUCUACAGUGCUAAAGGAGGCGAUAACAAGGAUGAGGAUCAAGGUGGAGUCUAAGUUGGAAAGCGAACAAGGCAUAGUUGAAGAGUCGAAUGCUGUUGCUGAUUGGCAGCCUUCCAGACGUGGUCCGGCGCUGCCUCCCACGCCAAAAUAUAAGAAAAAGAUGUAUGAACGAUCUCUGGAGGAGAGCUCAUCUUCUGGUUCUGAAGUGAGAAGACGCGGGCGGCCACCAAAGCGGCAUCAUCAAGAUAUUGAAGAGCAAUCAACAGAUGACAAACCGGCUCCGCUCGGUGCUAAUCCAAAUGCGUUGCACUGUAUUUGUCGCACCACCUACAAUCCAAGGAGAUUCUACGUCGCUUGUGAAAUGUGUUUCCGCUGGUUUCAUGGUGAUUGUGUGGGUGUUAGUGAGGAGAAUGCGAAAGAGAUGGAUGGAUGGACGUGUCGAGAUUGCAUCCAGGAAACAAAAAGAGCACGUCAGGAGCAGGAGCUCUACUGCACGUGUCGUACCCCUUACAAUGAUAACGAGUUCUACGUUGGCUGCGAAAGCUGUGAGGGUUGGUUCCAUCCGAAGUGCGUAGGAAUCACACAAGAAGAAGCUGAAGCUAUGGACGAGUAUGUAUGUCCUUCGUGCACUGAAGCACAGACGACCCAAGGCUAUGAAUCAGCCACCAGCUCGGCGAUCGAGCUGACUAUCCUCUUGUGUGGCGUCUUCUCGAGUGCGUCGCUGAUCACCGUAUGUCGUGGCCGUUCCGUCAGCCAGUUGACCUUGAAGAGUUUCCCAAUUACAUUUGGGACGUGGUGGAGACCGAUUGACCUUUCAAUCAUCCAACAACGACUGGAAAAUCUCGAAUACCAACGUUUGAAAGACUUCACGCGAGAUAUGUCCCGAUUGUUUGAAAACGCUAGGAUCUUCUAUCCGCGGGAUAGCAACGUCUAUCACUGUGCAGAUACAUUGGAGAAGAUAUUUGAGCAUGCAUUGGCUGAGGUCAGAACAGAAAUUGACGCACGUGUGAAUGGAAGAAAGGUAUCUGAAUCCCAGACCAUUGAUAGCUCCUUGGACAUCGAUACAGAUCAACUGAUUGAUGUGAAUCUGGAUGUCGAUCCUAGCAUGUUUCUUCUGUGA